CUAUGUACUCUGUGGAGAUCACUGUGGAGAAGGACAAAGUCACGGGGGAGACAAAGGUCCUAUCCAGCACCACUAGACUUCCCAAAGACCACUCAGUUCAGGGGGUCAAAGUGUACGAGGACGAGAUGAAAGUGGUCCAUGCCGUCCGAGCCGAGGAUGGGGCUCUGGAGAACGGCCUCCACCAACUCAGCUCCUCGGAGGUGGACGAGCUCCUCCACAAAGCUGAUGAAGUGACCCUGAGUGAAGUCUCCGAGAAGGUCAAGGACCUAGAAGAAGCCCGAAGCCACCCGGCAAGCCAGAAGGUCACACCCCGGAAAGAAAUCACAGGCGUCCAGGCCAAACCGGUAGAGAGUCCAAAGUUAUUGGCUUCUGGGGAAGGUCCGGAACCCAGCAAAGAGCAACCGGUCACUAUGAUCUUCAUGGGCUACCAGAACGUGGAAGACGAGAACGAGACCAAAAAGGUUCUGGGCCUCGAGGGAACAAUCAAAGCAGAGCUAGUGGUGAUUGGCGAUGCUGAGAACAAGCUGGCAGCAGAUUCCACGGGAAAGAACCAAGCACCACCCAACGGCAGCGCGGUGGAACCGGUGACAGCCAUCCCGCAGAAGGAGGAAAAUCAGGCCAGGGAGAAUCAGCCACCGGCCAACGACACUGAGCCCAAAGGCACCGAGCAAGAUCUUGAGACGAAGAAACAGCGCUGCAAAUGUUGUUCGGUGAUGUAAGAGAUCCCCCGGAACUGUCUUUUGCCCCGCCAUUCCCACCUUGAACCCUCAACGCCGCCUUUUGGGUUACUUCCUGUGUUCUACAAACUCCUAGGUUUUAAAGUGUUCUUAUUUUUACUUAAGGACCCACACUCCUCCCACCCUACCCACAAAUGCACCCCAUCUCUCAUUCUUUCUCUCUCUCUCUCAUUCUAUGGAAGAAUAGAAGUUCCGCGCAGGUGGAAAAAUGCAUAAGAUCUAAAACGAUGCCAAGCUGCCAGCCUCUGGUUUCCUCCUGCCUGGCUUUGAUAUCCUUAUCUCCUUUUUUGUGUUCAUGAAUGGAAGACAUGCAAAAUACUGUAUUUGUUAGACACUGUGGCCCUCUUCUAUGAUUCUAUGAUUCAUAUCUGGUCUCUGGGGCAAGACUCAUCAGGACACUUUUAUGGUCAAAGAUUCUUCAAGGCCCACUUCAUUUUAAGAGAGAGAAAGAGUGAAAGAGAGAGAAAGAGAGAACUACAUAGUCAAAAUGGAGAGGUAUGUUUCCUCAUCCUUGCAAUCGGCCCCAAUUUUGUCAGGAGAACUAGCCUUUCCUUGAGGAGAACGUCUAGAGAAGUAAAAAUGGAGGGAGGAAGGAAGCAAGGGAAGGAGGGAUGGAGGGAAGAAGGAAGGAAGGAAGGAAGGAAGGAAGGAAGGAAGGAAGGAAGGAAGCUUGAGUUUGUCCAAAGGUUGGACUGCUCUUGGCCCCACUGGCCUACAAGAUCUACUAGGUCCUUCAAGAACUUGAUCUAAAGAGUUCUUCAAGAAUACCACUAAUGAGAUUUCUGCUUAACAGAGGGACUGAGAUGGGCUUGAAGUCACAAACAGUUUUUAACCCAUCUCUCCACCUGUUUUCUGGAUACAUCCCAAUGUGCCCAGACUCUGGAAACCAAUCUUCAUCACCAAAAUGCCUCUGAGAGGACUUCUCUGCCACAAUCCAGCUGUCUCAAUGAGGUGGUGAGGUUGAAAGCUACAACAAAGCUACUCAGAUACUUGUCUCUCGCCUACCCACCCACCCAUUUAAAAAUGUGUUGUUGGUCACCUCUCCAAUUAUAAUAUGGAGAAUUGAUCAGGCCGUUGAAAAUUCAGUGUGCACCUUUUGGUCCAUACCUGGAGAUGUUUUUGAAAAAUAUGCUUCUUUGCCAUGAAAUGGAAGUAGAAGAGAAAGAGUCGUGUUGCAGGUCAGGAAGGAUGUAAGUGACCAGGGGUCCAAAGUGAAGGAGACACUGGGUGCAAGGUUGGUACAGGAUGAAUAAGCCGCCAAAACCCUGGAUGGAAGACAGAGGGAGGGAACGAAAGAACAGCAGUAAGGAAAAGAGGCAGGAUAGAAUAGAUUGCAGGAGCAGAAAGGGGCAGCUCCCAGUCAUGAGGGAAAAUUGACUCCCGCAGAAAGGACA